CCGGAGGAGCAAAGAGGUGAACCCAGCUGCAGUUGCACAUUUCUCUCUCCCCCUCUCUCUCACUUUCUUCCUCUAGGGUUUAGAAAAUUUCAGAGAUAGAAAAUUUUAACUGAUUUUAAUACUGAAUUUGAAUUUCUUUUGUCUAAAAAUGGAAGCGCCCGAUACGACAGCUUUGGAGAACCGACCCGCCAUCUUCAUGAUCGGAUCCUCCAACGUUGGCAAGCGCACUCUUCUCUCUCGAUUAUUAUCAGUGGAUUUUGAAGAUACUUCGGAUUCAUCAUCUGAAGUACUCGCCCAAGGGUGGACUAUCAAUACAAAGUAUUACACAGCUGAUGUUUCUGUAUGGAUGGCUCAUCUGCAUGAUGAAUUUUCCAUCAAGACCCUUCCGGUUUAUAAUUGCCUCACUGCCUUAGUGAUGGUUUUUGACGUUAAUGAUGUUAGCCUCUUUCUAUCGUUCCUUUUGUUGCAUUAUUAGUUGCAGAUGCUUCAAUCUCCAUUUGGGUUAUCGUCUCUUGUCGCACUUCAGGAUUGGGUAUCUCGCACUGAUAUUCAAAAAUUUGAAAUAUUACUAUGCAUUGGAAACAAAGUGGAUCUUAUUUCGGAUCAUCCAGUUCAUGCUGAAUACAGAAGACGCUUAAAGAAUCUUGAAGAGUCUUCUGCUGAUACUUAUACAGAAUUCUAUGAGUUUGGGAUUUCUGAAGCUGAAGGAAGUAGUCUAUUGGGUGGUGAGGAUCCAGCAGGGGAUAUCAAGAGAUCAUGUCUUGACUGGUGCACUGAGCACAAUAUUGAGUACAUUGAAUCCUGUGCCUCCAAUGCUGAUUUUGACAAAUGUUUAUCAGUUGAUGGCGAUUCACAAGGAGUUGAGCGCCUUUUUGGUGCUCUCUCUGCUCAUAUGUGGCCUGGAAUGAUAUUAAAAUCUGGCAACAACAUACCUCAGCCAGCACUACCUAAUAUAGAAGACUUGUCAGAAGAAGAAUCUGAUUAUGAAUUCGAGUAUGAAGUGCUGUCUGCUGGUACAGCUGAACAAUGGGAUGACACAAAUGAAGAAUGGGUUUCUGCAACUGGUACUAGUUCCGUAUCAGAUGUAAGGGGAUCAAUUGGUCAGAAUAAUCAUAUUAUAGAACAUGAUCAUGUGCUGUCUGCUGGUACAGCUGAACAAUGGGAUGACACAAAUGAAGAAUGGGUUUCUGCAACUGGUACUAGUUCCGUAUCAGAUGUAAGGGGAUCAAUUGGUCAGAAUAAUCAUAUUAUAGAACAUGAUCAUGUGCUGUCUGCUGGUACAGCUGAACAAUGGGAUGACACAAAUGAAGAAUGGGUUUCUGCAACUGGUACUAGUUCCGUAUCAGAUGUAAGGGGAUCAAUUGGUCAGAAUAAUCAUAUUAUAGAACAUGAUCAUGUGCUGUCUGCUGGUACAGCUGAACAAUGGGAUGACACAAAUGAAGAAUGGGUUUCUGCAACUGGUACUAGUUCCGUAUCAGAUGUAAGGGGAUCAAUUGGUCAGAAUAAUCAUAUUAUAGAACAUGAUCAUGCAAACUGGGAAAAGUUUGACAACAAGGAGCAACAGCCCUCAACAUCAAUAGUAGAAUUGCAGAAUAAGGAAGUACUGCUCAAUGUAGACGAUCGUAAUGUAGAAGCAGAAACAAAUGAAGUUACACCUUUUGAAUUUGAAGAUUUAGAGCAGUUAAUGUCUGAGAUUGGAAAUAUACGUGACAACUUAAGAUUUAUGCCUGAUUUUCAAAGGAGAGAAAUGGCUGCAAAAUUGGCUAUGAAAAUGGCUACCAUGUUUGGUGGUGGCAGCGAUGAUGAAGAGGCGCUUGAUUGAUCGAAAGGAUAUCAGUAUGUGGAGUAAGUAGUUCAUUUUUAUAAUCCUUGAAUCCCAUUCUCGACAAGUUUACAUGAUGACUAUCAGUCAAAUACUUAUACGGGGUAAACCAGAUGAGCUUCUUGAAAUUGUAUUGCUCACUUCUUCAGUUUUAAGUGCAAGCGGUUGAUAAGGAAUGAGUGUCUGUUUUUUCAUGCACAAGGAUAAUACUUAAGAUAUCGGACAAAACAUGAAUAUAAGUUGAAACAGCAGAAAUUCUAAGUUUGCUUAUAGUUGGUUUUGCAUAUGGGGCAGAUUUGCUUUAUCUGUGGGUGAAAAGUCGUACUCCGCCGGUGAUUUUUAACUUUUUAACAUUUAGAUAUGAUGUAUUCUUCAAGAAAAGAAAAAAGACUCGCCUUUUGUUAACAUGUUAAUCAAAUAACCGACACUACGCUGCAAUUGCUGCAGCUGAGUGGGAGUGAUACUAGAUUACUUUUUCAUUACUUUUCUGUAUACCUAAACAGAAUAAUGUUCAUAAUUCUAUGUGGAAGUAGGGUUCUUUUGAUAUUGAACUUUUGUUGACUGUA